CCUAAUUUCGGUAUACAUAGACCUGAUAACUCAUAGACCCUUUUCCAAUACUGAGAAGUUACGAACGUAGUCAAGACACCGAGACUGUUAUAUGCCCUCCUCGAAAUGCUCAUGAAGAGGUAUUAAUUAUGCGCACACAUCAGUAAUGUUGAGCAUGGAAUGGCGAGACUAUCGUGCCACAUAUCUAAUUCAUUUGGCUUCCCGUCUUCCACAGAAUCAUAUCAGAUCUCAAGCUCUCGAUAUCUUUUAGAGAAGUUAUGGAGUAGAGAACGCUUUUGUAGGUUCGAACUACAAUACGAGUCGACUCGAACUCCAUGCUAUGCGAGACGGAAUCAUGGAUCCGUUCAACCUGUUUAUGGAAGCUGACAUGGCCCAUCUAUUUCAAGCUCGACCUCUGAGCUUCGGAUUUCUCCAUGACGAUUUAAGAUUUUUGACUAGCAUUCGUUUACGAGGUUAAGCUCAUGAUAAGCCCUAAGUUAUCCGCAUGCCGCAUUUGGCAAGGAUCCUGCAUGCGUAGGCACGCCGGCGUUAUCAACCAUCAAAUCAAAUGAUAACUUUUCUCGCGACGCAGUUGCACCAGCGUGCCCGAGCUGUAUCGACUAGGAUACAGGUGGCCUGGAAGAUAAGGCGAGAUCACUGGCAAUGUUGAGGUGCAGUGGUGUAUUGUCCUACAGAAGCGGGGGAUGUUGGGGGUACAUCUCAUAAAUUGACGUGAUACCCUCAUUGCUUUAACACUGGACAAUCUAUAAAAUCCUUCUUGUAUUCAAAGUUCUGUUUCUUCUCGGCCGGUAGUUUCUAUUUGUUAUCAACUCAUAAUGCCUUCUCAAACAGAUCGUGUCGUCAACGAACGUAGUCUCCAUGUUACCUCUAUCUUUCAGAGGACAGGAGAACACGCUGUCCUCGACCAUGUGGCAGAUAGCGAUGAAAAGGUCUUGACGGCACUUGGGUAUAAGCAGGAAUUCAAACGGGAUUUCUCUAUUUGGUCCUCGUUCUCCGUGUCUUUUUCGAUCCUGGGGCUUUUGCCAUCGGUUGCAUCAACAUUGGGAUACAACCUUGCCUAUAGCGGUCCAGCAGGCGCAGUAUGGGGAUGGGUUGUGGCAGCCGUUCUGAUUCAAUUUGUCGCCUUGGCUAUGGCAGAACUUUGCUCUUCUAUGCCAACUGCAGGAGGACUGUAUUAUGCAAGUGCUGUCCUUGCUCCUGAAGGGUGGGGACCUCUGCUCUCUUGGAUCACAGGCUGGUCCAACUUCGUUGGACUAUGCACAGGACCAUGUUCUGUCAAUUUCGCGCUCUCAGCGAUGAUUCUGACAGCAGUCCAAAUCGGCAACCCAAACUACAUUAUGGAAACCUUCCACGUAUAUCUGCUCAUGGUAGGCUCAUGGUCUUCGAAGGUUUUCUUACAAUGAACUCUACCAAAUUUAUUGGCCAGCUCAACAAAAUCGGAACGAUCGUCAACCUCGUGGUCCUCGUCAUUUUCAUCGUUUGGAUGCCUGCGGGCUCGAUCAACAGACCGAAGACUAACCCCAAUAAUAUUGUCUGGACGUCUGAUGGCAUUGUCAAUGGCACAGAGUGGCCGACUGGAUUUGCGUUCUUGAUGGGCUUCCUUUCUGUGAUCUGGACGAUGUCUGGAUAUGAUGCGCCAUUCCACCUCUCAGAAGAAUGCUCGAACGCGAACAUAGCCAGCCCACGUGCAAUUGUCAUGACUGCUCAAAUGGGCCUCUACUUUGGUUGGGCUAUCAUUCUCGUUAUUGCAUACACGGUGAAGGAUGUACAGGAUGUAGUUGCUGGACAAUAUGGCCAGCCAAUGGGAAGUCUAUGUCUACAGGUUCUAGGACCAAAGGCUGGCUUAGCGAUGUUCUCUCUGAACAUCUUCGCCCAGUUCUUUGUUGGACAAGGUAUCACGGUCGCCUCAUCAAGAGUCGUGUACGCAUAUUCCCGCGACGGCGCUCUUCCAGGAUCUCGCUGGCUCAAGAAGGUCAACAGCCACACCAAAACACCAGUCAAUGCUGUUUGGUUCGUUAUUGCGAUUGGAUGCGUACUUGGGACACUCAUGUUUGCAAGUCCUGUAGCGAUUGGUGCCGUAUUCUCCAUUGGCGCAAUCGCUCAAUACACUACAUUUAUUAUUCCCAUUGGCUUGAAGCUCUUUGUUGUGGGAGACAAGUUCCGGCCAGGUCCUUGGCAUUUAGGUCGUUAUUCGAAGCCUAUCGGUGCCGUCGCCUGCUGCUGGGUUGCACUUAUCAUUCCAGUUCUGUGUUUCCCUUCGGUUCGCGGCCAUGAUCUCACGAAAUUGACAAUGAAUUACACCUGCUUGAUUUAUGGUGGAACAAUGUCUUUAGCGCUGCUCUGGUAUGCGAUCGAUGCCAGGAAAUGGUUCAAGGGUCCAAAGAUUAAUGUCGAGCACAUGAUGAAUGUGAAUACGCCGGAGGAUCGGAGUGAUAGUGUGGAGCAGAUUCCAGAAAAGAAUGGUGAAAAGAUAUGAGGGAGCCGAUUUGGUCAGGCUGGCAUGGUCAGUAGAGUACAGAAUGGACCAGCGGUCACAUGAGACACAAUUUUUCGAGACCGAGACCAAGACCUACCCUGAGCCCAUUACAUCCUGAGAUUGAGAGCAGGAGGCACAAGACUCUUUCAGGCGUUCGAUAUUGACAAAGCACUCCUGCGAUAGAAGAAGCUAUCUAUGCGAAAGAAAUAUACAUCAAAAGAGUACAAUGCAAGGCCAGGAGACAUUGGAGUGGUAGAAGCUUGCAAAAAUAGCAUCUCUCAUUGAAUCCUCUGUAG